AUGUCGGAAGACAACAAGAACAAGGGAGGAAUGGCGGGCUUGACUCCUCGUGAGCAAGAAGUUCUCCUGGCCGGCCUUCAGAAUCUCAAGAGCGGCGAAAUUCAGGUCGACUACGAUGGCUUAGCGAAAGCUCUCGGUUCCAAGAACAGCAAUUCUGCCAACACUGCCUGGUGCGCUGUCAAGAGAAAGGUCUUCGGUACCACCCCAAAGACCGAUGGGGCAUCUACUGCUGCGGCGUCUCCAAAGCCAAAGACUACGAGAAAGCCUGCUGCUAAGAAAGCUGUCAAGGCUCAAUCUGGUGACAACGACGGCGAGAACGAUUCAGGCGACGAGAAGGACAAGGCUGCUUCUACCGAUCCAGCAGACGGCGAAGGGAACGAGUCUGAAGCUACCCCUAAGAUGCCUACUACCACUCCGAAGAAGCGUGGCCGCAAGACCAAGGCUCAGAAGGAGGCCGAGGCCGCUGCCAAUGGUGAGGCCCCAGCAGCUGGCGAUGACGAUGAGGCGGAGAAGCCAUUUCCAAAGAAGCGCCGAACGCCCGCGAAGAAGAAAGCCGCCGCCGCUGCUGUGGAGAAUGGCGCUGAGGACGAAGACGAAGCCAAGGUCACUCCUACCAAAGCUACUCCGGCAAAGGGAAAGCAAGCCGCUCCUCUCCGCCAGGUCAAGUCCGAAGCUGCGACUAAGGAUGAGACAGCUCUGCCCGCUGCCACUCCUGACGAACACGCUGCAGCAGAGGCUACCGAGGUGAAGAAAGUGGACGAUGCUGGUGCCGUCGUAAAGGCGAACGGAGUCCAUCCUACCAAGAAGACCGCGACGCCCAAUCUCCCUGCAAUUGAGUCUGAGGACGCUGAGGCCCCCGAGGGCAACAAAAACGACGACGAUGUUGCUGCUGAGGAUGGUGACACCACCAUGGCUGAUACUGCGGAUACUCAAGACAUCGCUGCCAAGACAGCCGAGUCGGUCUGA